AUGGAAGCAUUAUCUCUGGUACAAAAUAGGCCAACUACUGGAAGUUUAGCGGCUUACGAUGGGUUCGAUUUUGCUGAACUUUACCGAUUUAUGCGAACCUUUCAUCAAAAUAUUGACGUUACAAUUACCAGUUGUGAAGAAUUUUCCGGAGAAAUGAUUACCCAAAAAAGCAAGGAUUUUGUAUCAAUUGUCGAAUUUGUUUCAAAUAAUUUAACAUCAAGCAAUUCUGAAAAUCAACCAAUCGUUGUAUCGCCCAAUGUGUCUCAAUUCGGUCAUAUUCAGAUUGCUACUGAAAUCUUUGGAUCUGCACUUGCACCUCGAUAUCAAAGAAGUUCAUAUAUCACAAGCAAGUUUAUACAAGAUGAUGAAUCUGUCGAUAUUUUUCCCAGACAAGUGCAGUUUUAUUUUGAGCACACAGUUCCGCUUCCAACCNCUGUCUCUUAUACACAUCUAGAUGUGUAUAAGAGACAGAGUUUAUACAAGAUGAUGAAUCUGUCGAUAUUUUUCCCGGACAAGUGCAGUUUUAUUUUGAGCACACAGUUCCGCUUCCAACCGGGCAGUAAUAUCCAAAGAGAUAUCGGCAAAGGAAGUAAGGCAAAAUAUAUAAUUAACUUCAAUACAACAGAUAGUAAAGGUGUUGAAGCCUACAUUAUGCGUUAUCUUGAAUUGUCAGACUGUAAAAUUGACGAUAUUGAAGAUAGUAAAUAUCUUGUUGGUCGUCCUCGUCUGAUGGCUCGCCUUAUAAAGGAAAUAAUAAAUGCAGAAAAAGUAUCACAAGAAAACAAACAAAUGGUGCUUGAAUACGCUGUAAAUAAAUCCUGUCUCUUAUACACAUCUAGAUGUGUAUAA